CCUCCCCCCAACCACCUCCGACCCGCUAAGCGACACUGGACUCCUAAACCAUACAGCUUCUCCGACAUACACAUACGUGACUCGGCUGGAAUGCUUGGCGGUAUGACUGUUGUUAUGAGGUUUGGUCAAUUCAGGUGUGCACAAGGAGCUCAUAUAUGUUCACCUUUACUUCGUCGACCUGAGCAUAGAGCUCUACUUUUCGCUAGUCUGGCGCUGCAUAUUCUCAUAGACUCGGUUGAAGUGUGUGAUAACGCUUCUGUCGAUCUCUGUUUGGUUUGUACUCGGUGGUGACUGUUGUCUGGCUCCCGUUCAUGUGAAUUCCUGCUGCGUGGACAUGAUCUACACGGGACUGGCAUGUGGGGUGACGCUUCGUAAGGACUAGGCUGAUGAGUGGAAACGUUGGAAAAUUGAUGGUGUAGAGAUUCGAGAAGGUGCAAUUGUAUCAGAUGAAGAUGUUGUUGAUAUUGCUAGAAUAGGGAUGAGGUUGGAAUACAGCGCUGGUUGCUUACGUUGUGAAGGCAUUUUUUUAUCUCGGUUGAAGACUAAAGUUAGUCGGGGGAUUAGAGGUUGUGAGUUUGGAAGAGGGGUACUCACAUCAGCUGUCAGAUGGAUGCCUGCUACUCCUCGUCGACGGUGGUGUUGCUUCUGUUGGUGUUGAGCUGCAUGCAAUUGGUUGUACAAGGCUCCUUAGAUAACCAAUACGGUCUCAGAAAAUCCUACUACGGGGUCUCGUGUCCCAACGCCGAGGAGAUUGUUACUAAAACUGUGACCAAAGCAGUGAAACACGACUCCCGAUCAGCUGCUUCACUUGUGCGCUUAUUUUUCCAUGACUGCUUUGUCUCGGGUUGCGAUGGAUCGGUGCUGCUGGAUAAUUCCACCACAGCAAUGAGUGAGAAAGAGGCUCGUCCCAACAUCAACACAUUACGCGGAUUCGGAAUCAUUGAGCGCAUCAAGGAAUCGCUUGAGAAUGCUUGCAGUGAAACCGUCUCAUGUGCUGACAUAUUAGCUCUUGCUGCCCGAGAUUCUGUCGUUCAGACUGGAGGGCCCCAUUACGACGUAUUGCUGGGUAGACGAGAUAGCAUCAUAGCCAACUAUACUGGUGCUAAUGCUGUGCUUCCGUCACCAAAAUUCAACGUUACGACUCUCACGAAAAAAUUUCUUGACGUCGGCUUGACCUCGGAGGAUAUGGUCACUCUAUCAGGUGCCCACACAAUUGGCAAGACUCACUGUACCUCGAUCACAACUCGCCUCUAUAAUCAAAGCGGAACCACCAAGCCCGAUCCCGCCAUUCCAGCGGAGAUGCUCAGAAAGCUGCAAACCAAGUGCCCGAACGACCCUACCGACCUCAAAACAACACUCGUUCUGGACGACGAGACUCCCGAAGUCUUCGACAAUCAGUACUUCAAAAAUCUUCUAAACAAACGAGGUAUUCUGUAUUCAGAUCAAAUUCUGGCAGACACGGAAGGGUUCAACCUCGACUUAGUGAACUUGUAUGCCAACGACCAGAACGCUUUCUUCGACGCAUUCGUAAAAUCGAUGACGAGGAUGGGAAACAUCAGCCCUCUGAUGGGAACGAGCGGCGAAAUCCGCAAACGAUGCGACAGAGUGAAUCUGUAAAAAGAAAACUGCUACACAUCGGUAUAACUCAGUUUAGAUUCGUCUAAUUGCAGGUGGUGUGCAGUUCUGGUGCUCAAGAGUGCAGGCCUCUCUUCAGACACAAGUCUGAGAGGGGUCGAGAAAUAAACUCCUGGAACAAGUGAGCUGUUCUCGCAUGCGAUGUAGUCACUGUACAAUAUGAAGGAAACCAUUCACCACCAGAUUGUUUCUGUCACUUAGUUUUCUACGUGCCAUUGAAAUUUACGGAAGCGAUCUCCUUGUGACUUCCUUAGAUGAACAAACAAUUUAGGUUCAAUUUGCUGCGUGAAAUCAACUCCAGGGAACUGUGUUGAUUCGUUCAUAUAGUCA